AAUCAGGGCAGCAACACAUGCUCCUUGCCAGUCAUCUACUGCUGCUGCUGUCCGCAUCGCCACAAACCACAAUUAUUCGACACUCAUCAUCGCCAUCUCUCCGCAUGUCGAUGGCAUCAUCGUCCCCAUUCCGCUACGUGUACCUGCACGGCUGGCUGAGCGGCCCGCAGAGCUUCAAGGGCACCUUCUUGAAAGACAAGCUCAGCCCCCUCGGUAUCGACUUGCAACUCAUCGACCUCAACAGAGGGAAGCCGCCGGGCCAGAUGACGUAUGACGGGGCGCUGAUUGCCGUCGAUGAGGUGUGGGAGAGGGAGGCGGGGGCACAUGGCGAAGGGGAGGUCAAGCUGCGGCUGAUCGGGUCAUCGCUUGGCGGCUACUUCGCUGGUCGGUGGGUGGAUCUGCGUGUGUGUGUGUGCGUGUGUUGCCAUGCAUCCGUCCAUCCAUCCAUCGAGUGCUCUCUGUGUGUGCUGUGUGUGUGAAUGUCAGCGCGCUAUGCGGAGCUGCAUCCCAACCGUGUGGACAGGAUGGUGCUGCUCUGCCCGGCCUUCGACUUCCACAACCAGUUCAGAAAACUCACAGGAGAGGUACACACACACACACACACACACACCCCUCUGACUUCGUCUGUCUGUCUGUCUGCCAGAACACAGUGUUCGGCCCGCCUGACAUGGACGGAUGGCAGUCGGCGGGCAGCCGCCCCUUCCCGAUGCCCGACGGCUCUCUGGUCGACGUCCCCUUCUCGUUCGUCGAUGGCGCGCGGGGCCACCACGCCUUCCCGCUGUACCUCUGCCCCACCACCAUCAUCCACGGGCUCGACGACGAGAUCAUCCCCGUCGACACCACCAAACAGUUCUGGGAAACGGUGAGUCAGUUGCCGAGUGACGUGAAUGCCUGCCUGGGUCGAUGGAUGUCCAUGCUGUUCUCUGUCUGUCUGUCUGUGUGUGUGUGUGUGUGUCUGUGUGUGUCUGUGUGUCGGUCGGUCGGUCGGUUGAUCAGCACGAGGAUCAGGGUGAGGUGACCUCUCUGCUGCUGGUGCCCGACCAACACGCCCUCACGGCCCCCAACACCCUCUCCCUCACACUCAAGACCAUCACCGACUUCUUCAGACUCUCUCACACAAACAAGCAGCAGCAGCAGCAGCAGCAGCAGGAUCAGGCCCCCCCACCAGCAGCAGCAGCAGCAGCAGUCGCAGCAGCAAUGAUAGAAGUAGAGCGCAAGUUUCCGAUGCUGGACGAGAGCGACCUGGAGAGGGCGAUAGAGAGGGAGGGGGGGCAGCUGGUGGGCGAGCAGGCUUUUGUCGACACCUACUUCGACUGGGAGGGGUACCCCCUGACGCUGCACAACUGCUGGCUCAGGAGACGGGCAGGGCUCUGGGAACUCAAGACACCGAGGGGCGUUACGGUAUGCAUGCUACUGGCCCACUGUGUGUGUUUUGUGUGUGAUCGAUGUCAUGUGUGUGCUGAUUGAUUGACAGAAGGAGGGCGGCGAUCAGUACAGUGGUCAUGAGGGGGAGGGCAGGCUCGCCAUAUUCGAGGAAGAGCUCGAUGAAGACAAAAUAGUCCAAUACCUCAAGGUAGUGUGUGUAGAGGGAUACAUGGGUGACGACCCACACACACAUUCACACACACACUGUAUCUGUGUGUUCUUCUCACACAGACUCACUUUGCUGACCACAUGACUUCCGACGACCUCAAGACAGCCGUCGCCGAGGAGACCCCAGGCGGCGGAACACGAGCCGGGCUGCAGGCCUUCUGCCACGUACACAAGCGCACGUGUCACACGCAAAGAUCCUGGUGGUGACGUGUGUGAUGCAUGUGUGUGUGUGUGUACUAGUAUGGCACGAACCGGCGCAAGUAUGUGGCGGGCGACCCAGCUAUCACCAUUGAUGUCGACUCGGCGUCAUUUGGCUACGGGUGAGUGAGCGAGCGAGUUGGUGAGAUGGACAGACAGAAACAGCCCGCCCAUGGACAUCUGUGUGCAAAUCAAUAGGUGUGUUGAGCUGGAGCGCAUGUGUGUGUCCGACGAGGAGACGGCCGCAGCCACACGGGACAUCGACAGCAUGGCCAAGCGACUCAACCUGGCCUCAUCUAUCGCCCAAACAGGCGAACACGCCCCUGCGCCUCAGUCAGCGCCCCAGCCGUCCGCGGACGGGCGCAAACUGUCUUUGGGCCUGCCUUCCAGCGGCCCCCUGUCGCUCGGCAUACCGCUCAGAGGAGAGCCCGAGAGCCCCCCACCAAGGUACACCACACACACAGAGAGAGAGAGAGAGGGAGAUUGCUGUGCGUGUGCAGUCGUUGAUUGCCUCUAUGCUCUUCUGUGUGUUGUGAUUGUGCGCAUGUGUCUGCAGGGGUGUGGGAGGUGGGCUGCCUUUGGGUUCGCAGGGCGGCCCGCACCGGGCGGCCAUGUCGGUGCAGCGCGGCAAGCUGGAGGAGUGGAUAAGGAGAUACUCGCCGCAGCACUUCGACCUCCUCAAAGACGCCAAGAUAUUCCAAUAACCUAGGAAUGCGAUAGACAGACAGACAGAGAGACAUGUAGAUGAGUAGGGAUGGAUGGACAUGACAUGCGGCUGGGGCUAGCUAUUCUCUGCCAUGGGUUGUUUGUUUUUUUGCGGGAUGGGAUUAUCCCGCAGCCUAGGCCUCCCUCGCUGUUUUUCUUAUGGAAUGGGGAACGGGUACGUGUGAUACAUGUACCAUAUGAGAGCGAGGGUAGGGGAGUUGUGCGUUGAUGAUUGGUCUCAGUCGGUUUGUGUGAGUUUUGCAGCUGAAGGGAUGGAUGGAUGGAUGGAUGGACACACAGACAAGCGAGGGAGGCAGGUAGGGUCUCUCUUGGUUCUCCAUUGUCUGUGGCGUGUUUUGAGUGAGUCUGUGUGCGUCUCCAUUUGACUAGUGUGUAAGUCUCUUGUAAAGGGGGUGUGUUAAACUAGAUGUUAAAGGCACAUGGAGCUGAAUUCUGUCGGUACUGUCAACAAUCCUUCAC